ACGUCCAUCGCCGACCGCUCCACCACCAUCCAAGCUCGUUGCCGUGGUAUUCCUCCUCUUUGUACUAGGUCAGUUAUUUCUCCCUGGCCCGUGCAAGCUAUCUGCUGCAAUUACCGAGCUUGUCCCUCCUCCAGACCUGCUACCUACAUUACACAAGUCGACAUCAUGGUAGACGCAAAGAUUCAAGAGCUUCUUUCUAAGCCACGCUCCGAGUUGACAGAAUAUGAGGUUGCUCAAGUCGAAGAGCAUGAACUCACCACCGGCCCCCUCUCCAUCCUCCAAACCGCCGUCAGAUCGCGCACUCAGGUGCUGAUCUCCUGCAGAAACAACAGGAAGAUUCUUGCGCGCGUCAAGGCUUUUGACCGUCACUGCAACAUGGUACUUGAAAAUGCAAAGGAGAUGUGGACUGAGACACCACGGUUAGCCAACGGUAGUUACGGGCGGAAGGUUAACAAGGACCGCUUCAUUUCCAAGCUGUUCUUGCGAGGAGACUCGGUCAUUCUCGUUUUGUUGUCAUAGACGUAUCUGCGCUAUGGACUGGAUGGAAGUGAGAGACUAUGGCGCAUACGAUUUGGGGCUGGAUUGAAUCAAAAGUUACAUAGCCGUCACGAUGACGGUUGUCACCGCCAAACGAAUCAAGCAACGAUACCCUCCUACGCCCUCAUCAGUGCUCCAUCCUACUUCUUCAAUCCGUCAUUCAGGCCCAGCAGAAGCUCCGCAAGCCCAUGCGCGCCUGGGUCUGGCACUUCUUGGAACCCUUCGCCUCCGACAUACACCGUUCGCCCCAAACUCGCUUUCAUACCCUUGGUCCCUUGCGCUCCAAUCUGCGCUGCUGCGGCCGCUUUGUCGAUUUCGUCAGUCUUGGACAGUGUCUCCACGAACGGGUAGAGAGCGUCCAUGAGCGUUCGAUCCCCGGGUUUUGCAGGCGUAUACUUGCCAAGUGCUUUGAGCGAUGAGUCAAGAGCCUUGGCCCAUAUUGCAGGGGUCACUAGUUGUGGCGAGGAGGGUGCGUUCUGUCGCAGUCCAUGGGCUAGGGCGUUCAAGAAGAUGGCGUAGAUGGCGCCUGAUGUGCCAUCCAUUGCCACUUCGACCACUUGAAUGAUGUGAUUCACAAGGAUCAGCAGAUCUUCUGUUUCCUUUGCCGUUUCGAGCAUCUUCACGAUUGCUGUAGGGUGUCAGCACCAGGCAACAAUGCACACGUGACCAGAUCC